AUUUUCCGAUAAUUUCUUAAACCUGCUCGGAGGAGUUUAAAGCUGUGGCUGACGUGGCUGGUGACAGAGCCACAGCCGACAUCAAUUUGACCCCUGGAUUGCCUGUGUAGUUCUUCGUGAAGAGCUCUUUGCCGCAAUUGAUCUAUAUUUGCUCAGUGUAUGGGAUUAUAGGUCGUCGAGAGGCUUUGUUUUGGAGAUAUAAUGGAGUCUGAACGACAGACACCGAGGAAGAGGACUCGCGAGGAGAUAUCAGGAUCUGAAGAACUGGUCUCUGAUCGCGACGCGCACAAGACAUGUUAUGUGAUUGAGCCCAAAAACAAAAGAUCCAGAAAUAGACCGCGCCGAUGUCCUUUCAUCCCACUCAACGACUCGGUCCCCGAGGACCCCGCGCACGUCAACGGCCGCUGGACGACAUACACUGCACUGAUGCCCAAGAUCCACUCGCGGAUCUCCAGCAUCCUCGAGAACUCAGACAAAAAGACGGUGGAUAAAGUCAUAAACUUUGUCUUGCAAACACCGGCAUAUGAGGAGGACGAGUACACGCAGUUACCUGUGGGCUUGAUUCUCGCGGGCGUCAACAUCUCUGAUCAUAAUCGACUGUUCAGUAACCUGACGUCUAAAAUCGAGGACUCGCAGGACGGCAGGAUAACGACAGUCAACGUGACCUCACGAGACGUGUCGAACGCGCGGGAGUUUACAAAGAAAAUCAUAAGCGAGACGAUGAAGCUGCAACCCACCGUCGACGAUGCGGCAGAUGAGAUCACGGCGCCGAUCGGGAGUAGUAGCGCUGCUGCUGCUGCUGGUACCCGCGUAACGACGGGGUCAGAAAGUAGUGAUAAGCGGUUGAGUUUUGAUCUUGGCAGGUUGGUGGAUUGGUAUAAGACGCAGCCGAGUCUUGAGAAGAUUGUCGUCGUGGUUCAGGAUGCUGAUGGGCUUGAUAAUAACUUGCUCCCAGAGGCGAUCCGGAUACUCCACGUUUACCGCAAACAACUCCCUUUCGUCCUUCUCCUCGGAAUCGCGACAACUCUUCCGAUAUUCAACACCAAGAUCCCAAAAUUCACAAUGCGCCUGAUCGACAUCGAGUGCUUCGACGUGCUACAGUCGGAGCACAGUCUGACGCAGUUCAUAGACCAUGUCCUGCUGGCUGAGGAUAUGCCGGUUGUACUUGGACCCCGCGUUUUCAGAGCGGUUGUGAAGCGGUAUCUGAAUAAUACGAAAGAUAUGGAUACGUUUAUAUCCGCCGUUCAGUACGCUGUAAUGGCGCAUUUCUUUGCAAACCCACUCAGCAUCCUGAUUGAUACCCCCCUCAACAUUUCAAAAUCCGACCCGCACAUGUUAGCCCUUCGCAGCCUCCCUUCGUUUCGCAAUUACAUCAACAAAAACGUCAAGGAACUCCAAGACGAGUCACCAUCGGCCAAGACCACAGAGGACAUCAACUAUAAUCGCACGAGGAUCAAUUCUGUACGCGACAUACUAACCGACUCACUCGAGCUAUUCAAGUUCUUUGAAGACCAAAGAACGACGCUGUUUGACAAGUUGAAGAGGAAACUUGAGGUUAUGAAGAUUCUCGCGAUCUUGCAGGACGUAAACGAGAUCUUCACUAGCACGAACGUGAAGCGCGGUCGCGCGGAAUUAUACGCAGACGUGCUGUCUGGCAAGCUCAGAGACUCUGCAUUUUUAGAAGAGCUUCUCGAAAUCACUACGAGUAUGAGCGCAGACACGGUCGAGAAGCUCGCGCGCAUGAUCGACGAGACUUUUAGCGACGGCUCUUCUGUCCGACGCAUGAAAGAAAACUGGAACAUUGCAGACUUUUCCGGAAACUCGCAGCACGGACUUUUACUCGAAAACAUAUCUAUCUCAUUGCGCGAGUUCAUCUACGACAAUCUCGAGCCGUUGUCGAAGAUUCCGUUUAGCGAGGUAUUCAUCUUUGACGCGCCGUCUCUGUAUCAGAACGUGUUCACGCCGCUUUAUCGCGAGACGAUUGAGAAAGCCUUGAGGCAGCCGACUUUCUAUCUCGGAGAGCCGGAUGCGCCGGAGGAGGGCGUUGCUACGCUUGAGAAGCCGGUCGUAUGCACAGGGUACUCGUUGUACAAAGAGUCAGGCUCGUUGAUCAAUACUUAUGAUUUCUGGACGGCGUUCCAUCAGACCAUCGCUGGCGAGCACAACCAGGACGCCGAAGACCACGACACGGACGAAGUGCUACCAGCAUUAGAGGGUGAAGAGACAGACCAGCAGCAAGAGGACAUCAGGAGAUUCAGCAAAGCCCAGACUGUAGCAUGGUUCUACAAAGCCGUGAACGAGCUGCGGUAUUUAGGAUUUAUAAGAGAGUCUACGUCGCGAAAGGGGCCUGUGAGUAAGAAUGCGGUCGGUGUAUUACAGAAACUGGAGUGGGAUGGACUAUGAGCAUGUACUAUUACGGA